AUGGGGGGCCAUUCUGACCUAGUGGAAUUCUUUAUUGAGAAGAAUUGCAAUACUUCUCAGAUAAAUUAUAUUAGUGCCUCAUUAUCCUUGUUAGCUUGUCAAAGUGGAGAGUUAGCAUUAGUCCACAAGCUUGAAUCAUUAAACCUCUUUUCACCAGACUCAAAAGACAUUUUUCAAGGUGCUGUCCUGCAUUACACUUGUAUGAACAAUAAUGUUGAGCUUUUUAAGUAUCUUUUAACUCGAUACCAAUUAUCCAUUGAUGUAAAAGAUCAACAAAAUAGGACUCCACUUCAUACUGCCUCAUGGUUUGCUUCAUCAUCAGUUGUUGAAUAUAUUAUUAGCAUUAAAGGUAAUGAAGCAUUAUUAACCAUUGAUACUAAUGGUAGAUCGUGCUUACAUCGUGCAUGUGAUGCAGCUAUGUAUAUUCCAGCUGGUAUUGUGUAUAGUAAGCUUUUUGCACAACGUGAUGCAUCACGAAAUGAAAGAGUUAAAAUGUUUGCAUCACUUCUCAAGAAAGCUAGGACCAGUUCUAACUUUGACAUCAAUGCUAAUACGAAUGAUGGACGUUCAUUACUUCAUUUAGCAUCACGCAGUGGCAGCAUAUUACUAGUAAAAGCAUUAGAGGAAUAUAAUAUCGCUUCUUCAUUAGAUAAUUAUGAAUUAAUAACUACCUAUCAGUUAGAUCCUCAUCAAGCUAAUAGUAAAGGUCACCUGCCAAUUCAUUGUGCUGCUCAAUCUGGUAAUCUUGAUCUAGUACAAUUACUAAUACAACAGUAUAAGCUUGAGCCUUUAGCUACUGAUGAAUAUGGUUUCACAGCAUUACAUGCAGCAGCAGGGAGCGGUCACACUCAUAUACUGGAAUGGUACAGUCAGGAGUAUAGUGUGGAUAUUACUAAUCACACUAACAAUAACAAGUACACACUAGCUCAUGAAGCUGCUUAUAAAGGUAGGCUACAUUGUCUACAGAAACUGAUUAAUAAGUACCAGUGUGAUGUUAAUGCCACUACUACUGAUACUGGUAGUACAGUUCUUCAUAGAGCAUGUGCAGGAGGUCAUGUUCCUGAUGUUAUACUUUAUCUCACUAGUCUUCCUCAGUGUAAUGUAGCAGCUAAGACAUCUGAUCAUUCCACAGUUCUUCACAUUACCUGUCAGUACAGUGGCUCUCUUCCUGUACUUAAACAUUUGGUAGAGAAUCAUCAGUUAGAUUUGUGUGCUGUGAAUGAUGCUGGAAUGGUUCCUAUUCAUAUAGCAUGUAGUAAGGGAAGAUUAAAUUUGGUCCAGUACAUUAUAGAACACUUACCAUCAUCACUUGAAAUAUCUCACAGUAAACAUGGCCAUACCCCAUUCCUUAUUGCAGUAUAUUGCAAUCAGUUAGAAGUUAUUAAAUAUCUUAUUAGAAAGAAGUGUAAUCUAUCAGCUACCAGUAGUAAAGGGUCUGGAGCAAUUCAUAUAUCAGCAGAGAAAGGCCACUUAAAUGUAUUAAAGUUUCUCAUUGAUAAUAGUUAUUGUCAUCCUAAUGCAACCAAUCAUCAAAAUCGUGUAGCACUUCAUGAUGCUGUACUAGCUGAUCAAGCUGAAAUAUUAGAAUAUAUGCUCAGUAAGAGUAUCCCCACAAUAAGUGUUGUCCGUUUACGGGAGACAAAGUGUUUAUUAGAUGGUCCUUGUGACACAUCCAAUAAUCUGCAUAAUGCAGUACUUAUUAAUGUACAAGAUGAAGAUGGUAAUACACCAUUACAUCUUGCUUGCAGAAGAGGACAAAAGAAGGUUGUAUCACUAUUAUUAAAAGCAAGUCUUAGACUAUCUCCCAAUAAUUUAUUGAUUACUAACAAUGAAGGUCAGGCACCAUUACACUUAGCAGCUGCCUCUGGUCAUAAGGAUACCACUGAAGCUUUACUGUCCUCAGUCACUGGUAGUUCUACUCAUCAUAAUCUCCUUACAGCUACUGAUAAUGAAGGAUUUACUGCAUUUUUUACAGCUUGCAGUAAUGGUCAUAUUGAUGUGUUCCGUCAUUUAUCCAGUAUUUAUCCUCAAGGUGUUAAUGUAAUGGAUAAUAGAGGACGUGGUUUACUUCAUGCAGCAU